AUGGACGAAAUGAGCAAGGUUCCUCUCACGAUACCCGAGGGCGGUGCGAAUCCGAGCUGCUGCAAGAUUUGUCGGAUCAAGCGUAUCGAGAGACUGAGCAGGAAGCUUGUCCGCGAGAUUGUGAAUGACCAGCAGGCGAUGGUGAAAUGGACUCCAGCGGUAGAUGCGGCGCGGCAGGAUGAGAGAGACUGCAGCGAUUAUGUCGAGGUGCCGGAGUUGCAGAAGUUUCUUGAUGUUUUGGCCGAUGUGGUGAGGGAUCCUGAGGUUUACCGGAAGUACACGAACCUACAGCCUCAAAAGUUUAGCCCUCCACAGAGUGCCAAGGCUAUCAUUCCUGACCGCAAGAGGGAGGUGUAG